AGCAGCUGACAGCAACAUGGCGGCGGCGGCGCGGCGUGGCGGGGGGCCCGGGCGGCCCCCGGCGGCGGCCCCGGCGCCGCCGGCCCGCGAGCUCGUGCGGCCCUCGGUGACGGAGCUGUCGCAAGUGCGCACCAACAUCCUGUGCACCGUGCCGGGCUGCGGCAAGGUGCUGCCCAACAGCCCGGCCCUCAACAUGCACCUCAGCAAGGCGCACCGCCUCCAGGAUGGAAAACUUAAUGCACCAAUGAGGAAGGGUUUGAAAACUUCACAGAAAUUCUACUGCUGUCCUAUUGAAGGCUGCCCUAGAGGACCAAACAGACCAUUUUCCCAAUAUUCUCUUGUAAAACAGCACUUUAUGAAGAUGCAUGCUGAAAAGAAGCACAAAUGUGAUAAAUGUAGUAACUCCUAUGGUACUGAAUGGUACUUGAAGCGGCAUAUAGAGGAUUGUGGCAAGACUUUCCAGUGUACUUGUGGGUGCCCUUAUGCCAGCAGAACAGCUUUACUGUCUCAUAUUUACAGGACUGGCCAUGAAAUUCCUGCAGAACACAGGGAUCCUCCUGUCAAGAAAAGGAAAAUGGAAACCUCCAUACACAAUCAGCAGUUGGCAGAGAAAGCAAAUGAAGGAUUCAUCAGUACCCGCAAUGAUAGCCCUGGCACUCAGGAACUGGACUCAUCUGAAGUGAAAUUAGUAACCCCUUUCGAAAGCUCCCACAGUUCUAACUUUGCUAAGCAGAUGCAGCCAAAAUGUGCCCCGAAGAUGCUUUUGCCCAAGCCCAAAGUGGCUCUGGUGAAGCUGCCUGUGAUGCAGCUUGCUCACUUGCCCGUGUUUGUGUCUGCGACAGACCCUGCUGUGAAACCUGUGGUGGUGGCUGUUGAUAACCAGGGGUCGGUUAUGAGUACUGUUCAGUUAUUGCCUCAAUCUGUAGGAAUUCUGAUUCCAGCACUGGAAGCAGAAACACUUGUGUUUAAAGACUCUAUGCCUGUUUCAAAAGUGACUAAUUCUGGUGACAACAAGCCAGUAAGUACUGGUGUACAAGUUGACUUGGAUAAGGUUACAUCUGCUAGCGCAGGACAAGAGCUGGGGAAUGUUUGCCACAAGAAUAACAUUUCUUCCAUAAAUGUCCAGACUGACUUAUCUUAUAUUUCUCAGAACCUGGUACCAGCUGCAGCCUGGGCUGCCGAUUCCUCUGUGUCCUCUUGCUCUCAGACCGACCUGUCGUUCGGUUCGCAGGUGUCGCUACCCAUCAGUGUGCAAACACAGACCCUGCUGCCUGCUUCUAAGCUGACUUCAUCCAUCGCUGCUCAGACCGAGGCUUUCGGUCAGGCUUGUUUUCCAACGGGUGGCAUUUCGAGGGAGACUCAGACCCACCGGACGCAGCCCUCUCUGGAUGGAAGAGUGCAGAUGGACCAGGCUGUGAUGAGCAGUGACAUCUUUGACAACGUCCAUUCCUCAUACAGGGUUUCCACUCAGAUUGGCCUUCCAGAGAAUAACUUAAUGGCUGCAAAUAUAGAGGAAACCCUGCUGCAAAGGAGUAAUUGCAAGAGCCUAAAUCAAGAUACAGUAAAGUCAGAAGCCCUUAUCAGCUUCAAUGCGCAGACGAAUAUACUGCCGCCUCAAAAUACAACAGAUAAUCAAACACAGACAAUGGACUUACUAAGUGAUCUGGAAAACAUCUUUUCAGGAAACAUGCCUGGCCAGACACUGGAUAAUCGUGGCCUUUUGUCUGAUGCUGGUUCUAAUGCUGACUCACAUCUGCCAUCUGGCCCGUCGCAGAGCACGGGAAUAGAUUUUGAUAUUGAAGAGUUCUUUUCAGCAUCUAAUAUUCAAACUCAAACUGAAGAGAGCGAGCUUGGUACCCUGAACUCCGAGCCUGUUUUGGAGUCUCUGGACAUCGAAACCCAGACUGACUUCUUAUUUUCAGACAGUGCCACGCAAUCGUAUAGCUGCAGGGGGAAUUCUAACUUCUUAGGUUUGGAAAUGUUUGAUACGCAGACCCAGACAGACUUGAAUUUCUUUUUAGACAGCAAUGCCCACCUGCCUUUAGGCAGCAUUUUGAAGCAGUCUAGUUUCUCCAUGAGUACUGAUUCAUCCGAUACGGAAACCCAGACAGAAGUGUAUCCUGCCACUAAAACUAUACCUAGCCAGAACAUAGAAAGCAAAGUCCAGCUGAACAGUGCUGAAACACAGACUAUGGAUAGUUGCUUUGAGAACCUGGGGAAUUUAUUCCUCACUAGCAAUGAGACACAGACAGCAAUGGAUGACUUUCUUCUGGCUGACUUAGCCUGGAAUACGAUGGAGUCCCAGUUCAGCUCGGUAGAAACACAGACCUGUGAAGAACUGUGCUCCUUAUUUCAGAGCUCUGACAAGUCCAGCCACUAAGUGCUGUGCCACAGAACUGCUGCCUGUGCUGUGAAAUUAAGUUAUUGGGGUGGGAGAGGUGGAUCGAGCAGGUUAUCCACUCACAUUGCUGAAUGUAGUUGUUGUGUGCAGUUGGCCUAAGAGGCUUUUCAUGCUGAAGGUGUCCUGCUGAAUGUGGGACUUCAACAUAAACCCUGUGGGCAUAAAUGUGUGUGUGUGUGUUUGGGUUUUUUUGUUUUCUUUUUGUAACUUGUUAAUGUACAUUUGAACCUUAACCAUUUGUGGUGCCUAUGUUUGCUCAAAUUUCUUUGCAAAGGUGAUGCUGCUUUUAUUUAAGCUGAAAAAAAAAGAAACCCUGAAGUUUUCCCGUAUCUGUUUAUUUCGGGCAUGUAUAUAUAUAUAUAUAGAGAGAGAGUGUUCCAGUGUUCUGGACCAAAAACUGGCCUGUCUGAUUCAGAUCCUUCCCUCAACUUAUGGGGAAGGGUUCUCUUAGUGUAAGUUACUUGUGUUUACUUUUUUUCAGCCACUUUUCUCUUACGUUUGGCCUGGAUUUGCCAGUAUAAGCCGUGCUGACUUAUUCUGUGCCUUCACAGCUCUUACUCCUGGGUAAGCUGAGAUUUUCCAAGCAGUCUAGAUUUGGUCCUAUUCCCUCAUUUGUAGAUACCCAGAAGUAUCUGUUCGUUGCCAUGUAUUCCACUUGCUGCACUCUUCAGCAAGAUUCUUCGAUAGCUUUAUUAAUGUAGACUCUUGAAUAUAUUUAUUGUUAAAAAUAUGUAGAAAGCAAUAGCUUUUUUUUUUCUUCUCAAGUGGCACUGAUGCCCUUCUGAAGGGUAGGAAAAGAACUUGGGAUACACAGUUAGGGGGAACGUUAGCAUGCUGCCCUUCAACUUGUGUGCUCAAAUAUUUUUUUUAGGAGGGAUUUGCUUAAAUCAUUUGUGACUGUAAGACACUAAUGUGUGUGCCUGAAAGACUGGAAUAAUUUUGUUUUACUGAAAAUCCCCUAGUUCUAUCAAGGCAGAGCUUGAGAAAUCUCAUAACGGUUUAUACUACCAUUACCUUAAGAAAAGUCUUUAGAAAUGGGAAAUUCUCUAAAAUACAUCUUCACAUGGACUCUUGGACUAUCUGCUUCGGGAAAGCAACAGCAUGUUGAACCUGUAAAGGAGAGCUGGGAGACCAGCCCUUUGGGGGGAAGUGUGUCCUGCUUUUGCAUGGUGAUCUGCAACCCUCAUUGCCAGUGGUUCUUUGGGAAGUCUUCUGGCUUAAAUCAAAUUUAAACAGUAAUUUGUUGAAGAGAAAUACAUGAUUUCUUGGGUUUUGUUUUGUUUUCCUGUUCAUCCUAGCCCUGUACCAAGCUUGUGGUAAAUCCAAUUGCCUGGAAAAAAAAAAAAACAAGCCAAUUGUGAAUGUAACCUGGAUUUGGCCUUAACUGCUUUUUAUCUUUCACUAUAAAUAGCCACAAACUGGAGGGCCCCAGUUUUCUCUCAGACAAGUUCCAGUUUUCAUUACCUUAAAUGACAGAGCUCCUGGCCUGUGACAGACCUGACCUCCCGGUGUCGAGGGGGAGCUUUUGGCUGCCUGUGAUGUCUGCCCAAGCCUUAGUUCCUGAAGGUUCACUGUGCUCUGCUGUGUGUUGUGGCCUCAGUUCAAGGCUAUGGGAGGUAGUUACUCAUCUCGUGUAGUUUAACGUUUCUGUUUGAAAUGAAAAUAAUCUUUCGGCUUCUUUGGCACUUCCUGUCCCUUUCUAAAUUGUCAUAGUUAAAUCAACAUGGUAAGAAUCUGUACUUAACCCUUGAGACCAUCUGUGUAAAUUAUCCUAGAAGCUUGUAUCCUGUUUUUCAUUAUUUCGAGGUAAGGGCUUGGAAUCUUUAGGUCAAGAAGCUGCACGAAGGAACCUUGUUGUUCCCUCAGGAAUGUAGUGGCUUUGUGUUUGGUAAAUGUUGUUCCAGCCCCUCCUUCCUCCCAAGUUUCUCAAUGUCUGGAUUUGCAGAU